GGUGCAGUGUUACUUUUGCACAGUCUCAGCAUAUGGAUGACGGGAAUGUUGAUGAGACUUGUGACAUGGUUAUUACAUGUUCAAGUGAGACACCUGUGGACAAAGUACUAACCAUAUUUUGGGAGAAAGCAAUAGAGGGUGUGGGACAGAUGUUUAAGUCAGCAACUGACUUUCGACAAUCGGUUGCUCAAUUUGCUAUUGCAAAUGGUUUUCGUUAUUUGACAAAGCGGAGUGAUAAAGCGAGGGUUAUUGUUGAGUGUGCAGUUGAGGGAUGUUAUUGGUCAAUUAGGGCAAGUCAUGUCAAGCCGAGUGGAAUGUUUAGGAUUCAUAAGUACCAAGGUGUACACCAACAUCCACCUGGAUCUCAGUUCAUUGACAAGGUGAAGGUACCGCAGUCUCUCAUAGCUAAUACUGUGGUUGAGAAAGUUCGAGACACUCCCAAGUAUCCUCCAACUGAAAUCAUUAUUGAUAUGAAAAGAGACUAUCACCUAGAAUUGAGUUACAUGCAGUGUUGGAGGGCAAAGGAGGUUGCAAAUGAUAAAGUGUUUGGAUCUUUCAAGGAAUCUUAUCUGUACAUCCCUUGGUAUUGUAAUAAGGUUAUUGAGACAAACCCUGGGAGCCAUGCUAAAUAUGAGGUUGAUGAUGAUGGUAAAUUUACAAGACUAUUUGUAGCCUAUUACGCUGCUGUGCAGGGCUUCAGGACAGGAUGUAGACCUGUAUUGUUCAUUGAUGGCACCUUCAUAAAAUCCAGGUUUCUUGGCACUCUGUUAUCUGCUACAGCAAUGGAUGCAGAUGAUGGGAUGUUUCCUGUCGCCUUCGCAAUUGUCUCUGGUGAGAAUCACUCUGAUUGGACAUGGUUUUUAGAGCAGCUUAACAUGGCAUUAGACAACACUGAACAUAUUGUUUUUGUGUCUGAUAGGCAUCAAUCCAUAAUUGAUGGGGUGCGUUCUGUCUUUGGGGAUGUCCACCAUGCGUUUUGUCUUCGCCAUUUAAAGGAAAAUUUUAAGAAGAAUCUUCGAAAGCCUAUGUCAGCCAUUUUGAAGAAUGCUUUAGAAGUAUUGCUUACUGAUGCAGCAUAUGCACGGACAACUUUAGACUUUAACAAUCAUAUGGGUGAUAUAAGGGGUAUCUCAGAAGAUGCAUAUAUAUGGUUAAUGACAACUGGACCAGAGAACUGGGCUAAUUGUCUAUUCCCUGGAAAUCGUUAUGACAAGUUGACUUCCAAUUAUGCAGAGACAUAUAAUGCAUGGAUCUUAAAGCAACGUGAACUGCCCAUAAUGCAACUCUUGAACAGUAUAAGGGUGAAACAGAUGGAGAUGAUGUAUAAACGUAAGCAGAAAUUAAUUAAGUGGAAAUAUGAUGUGGGCCCUAAGAUUAACAAGAUUCUAAAGAAACGAGUUCGUAAAUCUGAGGGGCUGACCGUUAGGCGAUCUUCAGUGUCUGGGUUUGAAGUUGAGGGUGACGCAAGUACACACUCAGUUGACUUAAGUUUGAGAUCUUGUUCCUGCAAGGCGUGGGAGAUGACAGGUCUACCCUGUAUUCAUGCAUCUGCAGCGAUAGCAAGGAUUCGUGGACAACUCCUGAAUUAUGUUUCACAUGAGUAUCAUAAAGAGGCAUAUGCGCAAACGUAUGAAGAACCAAUCAAUCCUGUCCCUAACCAUGAUAUGUCCUUGGAAUCACCCACAGGGGACGCAUACGUUGUUGUGAGGCCUCCUAGAACUCGUAAGCGUGCAGGCCGACCAAAGAGACAACGUAUAGAAUCACAAGAUGUGGAGAAGCGAUCCCAACAUUGUAGCAGAUGUGGGGAUCAUAGGCAUAACAGGAGGUCAUGUCGGGAGGCAAUAUAACCUCUUAUGAACGUGUUUCCAAGAUGGCAACACAUGUUUCACUUUUUGUUGGCCUCACAUCACUCCCAAAGAACAUACAACUAUAGUUAUUCGAAGGGAACACUCAUAGGUCCCAAAAUAUGUUGAGAAGAAUCUUAUAUUAAUAUGAUGUAAUAUUGAAUAUUUGAUUCUCUAUCUGAAUGUUUUAGGUGGAUAUUUUAUGGUUUUGUUGUUCGGUUAAUUGCAUUCGCUAUUAACACAUUUUUAUCUCUAUGGACAUUGAAUAGAUAUAUGAUGACUUUUAUGUUU